AUGGUAGUCUCUCCGCUUCCACCGCCAUCCUUCAGAGAUGAAAGUGAAGAAGAAGAAGAAUACACAGGAACAAGUCAUGGUAUAAUACAACAACAACGCCCAACUACAGACUAUGAAGAAUUCCUUAACGAACAAGAAGAAUCAACCAAAAAAAUGAAAAACAAACAAACAACCACAUCAUUUGACUAUGAAAAUGCUUCAGACAACGACGACAGAAUCCAAAUCAAACCAGUAAACGAUGAAGACAAUACAUCCGUUAUAAUCACAUUCAACCAAAAAAUUUCUCCCUUCAUCAUCACCCUAACUUUCGUUGCCUCAAUCUCAGGGUUCAUGUUUGGUUAUGACACAGGUUACAUAUCAAGUGCAUUAAUCUCCAUAGGUACAGACUUAGAUAACAAAGUCCUAUCGUACGGUGACAAGGAAAUAGUCACCGCAGCAACAUCAUUAGGUGCCCUUAUCAGUAGUAUCUUCGCAGGUACAGCAGCUGAUGUAUUCGGUAGGAAACCAUGUUUAAUGUUCUCCAACGUAAUGUUCAUCAUUGGUGCCAUCUUACAAAUCUCUGCUCAUAAAUUCUGGCAAAUGGCAGCGGGAAGAUUGAUCAUGGGGUUCGGUGUCGGGAUUGGAUCUUUAAUUUCUCCAUUGUUUAUUAGUGAAAUCGCUCCCAAGAUGAUUAGAGGAAGAUUGACUGUUAUUAAUUCUCUUUGGUUGACUGGAGGACAAUUGAUAGCUUAUGGUUGUGGGGCUGGGUUGAAUAAAGUUCAUAAUGGGUGGAGAAUCUUAGUUGGAUUGUCUUUGAUCCCUACUGUUAUUCAAUUCACUUUUUUUUGUUUUUUACCUGAUACUCCAAGAUAUUACGUUAUGAAGGGGAAUUUAGAAAUGGCUAAGAAAGUUUUGAGAAGAAGUUAUGUAGAUACAUCGGAUGAAAUUAUUGAAAAGAAAGUGGAAGAAUUAGCUAUGCUUAAUCAAUCUAUACCUGGUAAAAACGCUGGUGUUAGAGUUUGGAAUACUGUCAAAGAAUUACAUACAAAUCCUGCUAAUUUUAGAGCCUUAAUUAUUGCAUGUGGGUUACAAGCUAUUCAACAAUUUACAGGUUGGAAUUCUUUAAUGUAUUUCUCUGGUACAAUUUUUGAAACUGUCGGGUUCUCAAAUUCAUCCGCUGUUUCCAUCAUUGUUUCUGGUACAAAUUUCAUCUUCACUCUUAUCGCAUUCUUCGCCAUUGAUAAAAUUGGAAGAAGAUAUAUUUUAUUAAUUGGGCUACCAGGUAUGACAGUAGCAUUAGCAAUCUGUGCCAUUGCUUUCCAUUUCAUCGGUAUUAAAUUCGUUGGUAAUGAAGCGGUCGUAUCACAUUCAGGGUUCACAUCAUGGGGGAUCGUCAUCAUUGUAUUUAUCAUUGUAUUUGCUGCAUUUUACGCUUUAGGUAUCGGUACUGUUCCAUGGCAACAAUCUGAAUUAUUCCCACAAAAUGUUAGAGGUAUUGGUACCUCAUAUGCUACUGCAACUAAUUGGGCAGGUUCCCUUGUCAUUGCGUCUACUUUCUUAACUAUGUUACAAAAUAUUACUCCAACGGGGACAUUUGCAUUCUUUGCGGGGGUGUCUUUCUUAUCUACUGUAUUUUGUUAUUUCUGUUAUCCUGAAUUAUCAGGAUUGGAAUUAGAAGAAGUUCAAAGUAUUUUGAAAGAUGGAUUUAAUAUUAAAGCUUCGAAAGCUUUGGCUAAGAAGAGGAAACAACAAGUCGCUAAGAUGAAUCAUUCUAAAGAUACGAAAUUUGAACCAACUCAAGAAGUUAUUGAAGAAGUCAUUGAAGAUUGA